GGCGUACUGUCCUCUCUUCGAAUCAGUUCUUGGUAAAACCAAACUUCGAUAAACCGUUGGGCAUAUGCGCGGAUGUGCGGAGACUUACAGUUAUUUUCGAAUUUUUCGAGGAACGGUGAAGGUCCGCGCUUGAAUCAGAUCCUAAGUGAGUGCCUCCGAAUAGGAUUCAGUGAAUGGCAAACUAACGUGCAGCCAGGAAUUAUCGAUUCAGAUCCCACCUCUUUUGGGCACAAACUGGAAUGACAAAAGUCAGAGUCCAAUCACAACGAAGUACAAUUGACAGAAUGACAUCAACUAGUUGUUUUAUCGGUCUAGGCUGCUUUCUGGUCCUUGUUCAAACUCUAGCUCCAGCAAAGGCUGCGGAGCACUCAGUGUUCACCCACAAAAACGCAUCAUCGGUCUUGGGUCAAUUGGUUACCUCGAGCACCCUAGUAUGGGAGAGCUAUGAACCCAAGGAUGCCACACAGCUGCAGUUCGCCGUUGAAGGCGGAAAGUACGUUACUGAGGAUGAGCAUUACCCCAUGUACGUAUGCCGUGUGCCAAUCGAUGGCAUCCAAGUGUCCGGCCACACCGAGAAAAUCCUUCAGAGACACGUCUGCCUUGCGGCCCACUAUAAGCACGGAAAGUACGACAACUUCGAUGUCCUGAUGAACAAGGGUCACCUGGGGAAGGUUGGCUGGCGUCAUUGGCGUAAGUUCGAUGCUGGUGUUCCCGUGGGUGCCAUACGCAUUGGAGAUGACUCCUACAUUGGUCGCCAUCGGGCCCCAAGUCAACCGAAUAAGGACGGCGUUGUCACCCACUGGGGCGCAGACUUUAAUCUCGGCCACUUGGAGCCGGUGGGUCUGGGAAAAAUCAGGGUCAUUGAAGCCGAACGUGAGAAGUACUACGACGAUGGCGAGGUUCUAGUCGAGACAGAGCCUUUCCGGUACGAGCUCAGGGACAUCAAACUGGAUCGCUUGCGCACUGAUAUUCAAGAGAACAUGACUGAACUGGUUACUAGGAGGCUUGAGAAUCUGGAAGAUAAAUAUAGCACUGUGGAGACCAUUCUAAGCUAUACCUUCAACUAUAAUCAAUAUUGGGGAUCCCAUGAGGGUGUUGCUCGGGGGCUGCCCACAAAAAUAUUCGAAAAAGAUGAAGCCGUCCCGGCUGAAAUCAAUUGGGCCUUAAAACACACCGAGAAGCGAUCGGAAAACAAGGCAGUCCACACGAAACUCUGGCCCGGCACAGCAAUUAAUGUUACGCUACGUGGUAACUAUGUGACCCUGGAGGCGCCGUACAGUGGCAAGCUCUUUGCUUUCUAUUACGGAAGCGAAGAAAGCGUUUCCCGUAAGAUCAGCGCAGAGGUGCGUAAGAGCUACUUGAAGGAGGUAAAGCUGGAGUUCAGCCCCGUCUACUGGAUUGAGAACGGUACUCUGGUGCCCACAACGACCACCACAACGACCACGUCCACAUCGACCACGACACAUGCCACAACAACCAGCACCAAGGAGCCGACGCCCAUAAACGAGCCCCCGCUGGUCCAUAUGAAGGACAAUGGAGUGCAGCAUUCAGGUCCCGAUACGCUGGAGAAGACUUUGCACGACUCACCGUCCAGCAACGAGUUAAAUUCGCACGAGGCUCCAGAGAACAUGUCCUCCAACCCGGCCAAGGAUGUGGCACUGGCAGGGUUCGGAGUUAACGCAGCGGGGUCAACAUUUAUUGCUGGGUCGACUUCAUUGACGCUACUUUUAACACUUUUUUUGAGUCUGUAGAUGAAAUUGAGCUCUGGACUUAGUAUAGCGUUUAAUUGUUGUUGUUGUACCUGUUGUACCCGUCUUUGAGAGCGUCAGAGAGAUGAAAUAAGCAGAUAGACAUUGUAGGCAUAUAUAAACCCCAAGAAGCGGGAAAAUUGGUGUGAAAUUUGGUGUGAAAACGGAAAGCAAAAGUCGAUAUUUUUUAUACUUGUCCCAAGGCUUCUUCUAUAACACGCAUGCAAGCGAAAGAAUUUAAAUGAUCACGAAAAUAAACGUAAUACAUUCCUAAACAGAACCCCUUACAAGCGGAAAUAAAUCAAAAGUAUGAAUAAAAAUAAAUAUAUCCAUAUUUUUAUGUAGAAAUAUUUUACAAGUUUUUUUAUUUGCAAUGAUUUAAAUCGCUUCUCAUUUUUGUAGUUAGUAAGCAGCAUUAAUAGCAAGUAGAGAAAAUACUAAACUUGAAUUGACAUUUGUUUAGGGAUGAUAUUACAAAUCGCGCUCUCUAAAAUGAUGUACGUAUACAUGUAUGUCUAAUAUGUAAACCUAUGUAUAACAUAAGAACGAGUAUGUAUGCUAUUUUUUAAGUCAACCACUCCAAAUAUGUAAAAUAGAACCUUUUUAUUUGAACACUUUGAUUUUAAAUAUGAUUUGCGUUUAUUUAAGGCUAAUCUCUAUCAGAAUCGAUUUGACUUCAAUUAAAACUUCAUAAAAGAAACAAUGAAUCUCUAAUUUCGUAUAAAAUAAAUAAAAGGCUUGUAAAUGAAAAUCGAAACAAAAUUGGUUUCCUUAUACACCAAAAUUAAAUUUUAAUUUGUGCUUUGAAAAUCAAUUAUUCACAAACAAUUAUUAUACUACGCUGAUUGAAUGCUGUCAAUUCAAUACAGUUAAGGAUAAGUUUGUUACACUUUAGUCCUAAACUUUCUAACGACCAAUUUAUAUAUCUUUACAAUCAAACGAGUAGCUCAAUCGGGUUUCGAGACAAUACUUUAUUAAAGUCUCAUUAAGCUCAUGAAAUAUUCAGCGCACAAUACUUCUAUCACAAUACAUCCGAAUUCGCUCUUUGAGCCACACCUGCGCCUACCUUUUCAGCGUAAUUUAUUGACAUUGAAAUAUUAGUUGCCACCUGAAAAAAUAGCGUGCGCGAGAGCGAAUUAAUUAACUAAAAUGAGACAGUACUCUACUCAAACCAAUAGGUUUAAAUAACCUAUUCGCAUAUUGAAUUUGCCAUGCAGUCUGCUUGGCUUUCGUGUACAAUGCAAAGCACGUUGUGUUAACUGCUCUGGUAGUGUUAUAUAUUCCCAGCUUCUUUCGCUCGUUCUGCGCUGUUGGAGACUAGUUCCCAAAAGCAGUUUGAUAGCAAGCUGGCAAAAAGCUGUUUCGCAUUAGAAUCCCAUGUAUUGUUAUGCGAGUGAUAUUUUUAAAGCGUGACCACCACAUGAUGGCUAUCAAACGGGUUUUGAUCCGGAUGGCAGGGCAAUUGAACUGUAUCAUUGCUUAGGGGGCGUCGGUACCACUGAAGGGAAGCUCAACUCAGUAGUCCAUCUUUCUACUUAUUUGGGCUCUUUGCAAUAUAGCCAAAAUCAUUGUGCGAAUUUUUAAUGAUAUACCAACAGAAAUGUGGGGGAGCUCAGUCCGCUUGAAGCCAGAACUAGGGAUGCCAACAUGUUAACCAACUCAUCCUCGACUGUUGCUCUGGUCUGCUGACCAAAUUUGAUAUGCAUGGGUUGCUUGAAACAAACGCCGCCAGUACCGCAGGCUCCAACCUCUCCAGCCUUUGUUGCAGUGCGCUGACAAGUUUUUCUGCCAGCCGCCUGUAUCGACGUACAAUCUGCUACAUCCGCCGCUCCAUCCACCAUCGACCAUCCACCAUUCGCUGUACGAGUAUAUCCUGCUUUUGGGCGUGACGCGGGGAAACCCCCACAGCGUUUGACUCUACUGACGUAGGCAAAUGGAUGUGACCGCCCCUGCACUUUGUGCAUUGCAUCUGCUGCACUGAGGGAUCUGGGCAUAACCGCGGAUCUCGCUGUGCCGUGUGCGUGGUGGUUAUGUUUCAGCGCUCUACGCUUCAUAGUAUUGUAUUCGAAAAUUGCAUAAAUUUAGCUUCAGCGGGCGAGAUGAAGCAAUCUGUCUGUUGGCAUUACUUUCCAGCUACUUGAUUGUUUUGUAUUUUCGGGACAGAUAGGUCACCACUACGCCGCACUUCUUUUCGGGAGUAAUUUUGUACUCCGUUGAAUUAUAAUAUUUUUAAUUUGUUUUAUCCAAACGAUGAAAAGGUGACAAGGAGAUUAUUAAAACGAAUAUAAUCAAUGUUGAACAUAAUUCAAAAUUAUUAUUCUGAAUAACCAAACAGUAAAUGUGAUUGAUAAUGUAUUUCCAGCCCAUUGCUAUGCGAUAAUCAGAUUAAAUAUAUACAUACUCAGUAAUUGCAAAUACAAAAGUUAGAAAAAUAUUUCAACGAAGCCUAAGUGUAUUUUAACUAUUGUCAUCGACUUCAAUUUCCAAUAAAGAAUAAUUGAAGCAUA